CCGCCAAAAAUAAACACCACCGAAGAAGCAGAUGACGACAGCGAAGAAGAACAACAAGCACAGCGAGUAUAUACAAAUACCUCACAUUUUUACAUUGUAAAAUAUGUUUUUGGCGUAUUAGGGAAUAAUUGGGCACAUUGUGAAAAAAAGAAAUGUCGGACAGCUUGUGCAUGAACCGUCUGUGAAAGUGGAAAUCUGAAAUAAAGCGGCGUGCUGGAUAGCUAGCAGGAUUAGCUAGCUGCUGUGAACGAGCCCGGGCUGUUUUGGUGCACAGGGUAGACAUGUCUUCAGAGCUGACUAUAGACAUCCAGCUAACAGAGUUGGGCUUUUCUAGCUGGGAUUUUCAAGUUUUGAAGCAGAAAGAGACACAGCAGACGUCAGACCUGGAAUAUGCUUCAUCAUCAUCAUCAUCAUCAUCAUCAUCAUCACCACCACCAUUAACAACCUCAUCAUUAUCAACUUUCAGGGCAACAUCAUGGUCGUGUCCAAGGCGGGUGGAAACCCUUGGGGAUGAGGAAACAGAGCCAGAUCUCGGAUCUGUUGUCUCUUCAAACUCCUUUCCCAGUGAUCAUGGCUCUCAGGUUAAUGGCACUUUAGUUCCUGUAGAUCCCACAGAGACUGAUGCGGGGGGAUGCACCAAGACUUUCACUGAUUGCGAAGAACAAAGUGGGCAUGUGGGAGAAAAAAGGCAGCAUCCUUGGCAUGAUGAGAUGGCGGAUGAGCCACUAAUAAAGGAGAAGAAAAAAAAAAUGGACGAAGAUCAAGGAAAACAAGACGAGUUCGUGGACGAAGGAGCUCAGAUCGACGUUGUGGUUUCAGGGGACGAAGAAGAAAACGUGGAGGAGGAAGAUGAGGACGAGGAGGAGGAAGAUGGCGACGAAGAAGCAGAUGAUUACGAUGACGACUUGACUGAAGACGAGGACUGCGAUGACGGGUUGUCUUCAGACACGAAUGGUUCAGACGAGCACCGUUGCCAGGUGUGCAGCCUCACAUUUUCCACAACAUUCCUCCUACAUGAGCAUUUGCAAGUACACAAUGGCGUGCGUCUCUACCAAUGCGCUGAAUGCGGCAAGCGGUUCUGCCAUCAAACGAACUACCGCAAGCACCUGCGAUCGCACUCACAAGCCUUGGCCAACCAGUGCAUCAUUUGCAUGUCCAAGUUCCCAAACCAAGAGGAGCUGCAGAAUCAUCUGGACACGAACCACUUCGAGGACAAGUUCUUUCAGUGCGAUCUUUGCAAGCGCAUUUUCACUGGCAUGGCAGAGUGCAAGAAGCACGUGCAAACGCACAAGCGGCCCGCGAAGCGCUACCCGUGCCCGAAAUGCGAACGCAGCUUUCACCACCGCAGCUCGAUGCUCUACCACCUCAAGCGGCACAAAAAAGGCGUCUUCGUUUGCACCGACUGCGGCCUGGCGUUCUCUACUAAAGCCGUCCUCCUGCGCCACAGCUUUCAUCACCUCGGCCUUCUGCCCUACACCUGCAUACGCUGCAAACGCCAUUUCCGCUUAUCGUCCCAGUACAUGAAGCACGAGUGUAAACCGGAACAGUUGCAAUGCGUGGCAUGUCUCGGCAUCUUUAAGAGCAAAGAGGACUUCCUGAAGCACAAGAAGGACACCGGUUGCUGGGGCCACCAGACGGCGCUCAACACAAAGACGAAUGACAUCCGCUGUAUGGAGUGUGGGCAUGUCUUCGACAGUUCAGAGGAACUGAAGAAGCAUGCGGGGACGCAUCAGAGGGUCAUGAGGUGCUCGGAGUGUGGAAUGGGUUUCCGCUCGUCAAUUAUGCUCAUGUCGCACAUGGGGGGUCAUGCGGCUAAUCGGCCGUGUCUCUGUCAAGAGUGCGGCCUGGGCUUCUGUCAUCAACAGGCUUACGACAGUCACCUGAAAACCUGUGGGCUUGUGAAUCCAGCAGAGAUUGCAACAAAGAAGCAAAAGAAAGACGCAAAUCCGAAGAAGAAGGAAGCCGUGACCAUCCCUAAAACAAAGGAGAUUCAAUCCGUGCCACAGCUCGUGCCCAUGCAUCCAACUACCGUACUAAACGGCCAAACCAAACCUCCCGAAGCUCUGACCACAAUCACGUUGAAUAAUGAGCCUCUUACUCCUGUCCCCCUGGUGAUGCUUCUGCCUGUAUCCUCUACGACCAAGCCCAAAAGCAUCCCCAAUUCGGACGUCGCCAAGAAACGUGUUUCCGCCCCACAACUCAUUCACAUUCCAUUAGCCUUGAAUAACCGCUCUGUAAGUAAAGAGUCGGACAAAACAGUGUUGAUUAAAGACCUAGCUAGUCCUGUGCCUGGCUCGAACAUUUUAAUACCUCUGACAUCUCUGAAAAGCGGAAAAGCAGAAUGGACGGUAGUAGAGGUCCGAGCACGUCUGGUUCAGUAACCACGAUAUACACCAUCAAAAAGGAGACGGAACAAGUGCUGGACACGAACGCGAAGCAGCCGGACGCAAAGAACGAACUGAAAAAGAACGUUUUGUCCAACUUGGAGAUCCUGCAAAUCCUGAACAUGCUGAAGAAAAACGGUGGUGGUGAUGCAAGAAAGGAAAAUACAUCAAGCCUCAUCUCUGUAGUAUCAGUCAAUUCUGAGAUGAAAGCAGGUGAUGAAAAGCAGAGCGGGUCGAGGAUGGAAAACGGUGACCCCUCACUUAUAAAGAGCAGCGACGCCUGGUUUAAAACAAACACAGUGACUGAUCGUCCCACCGCUGCAAAACUGCAACCUCAGUCCUCCUACUCCGAUUCUUCAGCAGUAAUGGGUGACAGUUCAGCAGUUAAAAAGCAGCCCGAAAAAGAUCAAAUGCCCAAAUCUGCGAUUCCUUCACCACCCAAAAUCUCCUCGAAACCAGACAAGCUAUCGUCAAAGAGAAAUGAACACAAGACAGACAAAAGCACCGAGGAGAAAGACUUGGGGGUGGAAAGGGCAGGCACGAGGUUAGGUGACGACUCCGAUGUAAUGCAGUGUGAAGUUUGCGGGGAAAUGAUUUCGGAAAAGGACUUGGACCAACACAAUGGGAAACAUUCAGCCUGUUUCUAGGUGGCGGGUUUUCUUAAAGCUCGAAAUGAAUGAUUCAGGUUCAUCUACCGUAAGAACCUUUUGUAAAAAUGGACGAUUUAAAAAAAAAAAAAAAAGAAAGAGAGGCUCUCCUCCAUUUAGUUGAAACUUUUAAUUUAAAUCAUAGAAAAAAUCUUUAUUAAAUCCAGUAUUAUCGGCGCUCGGGAUGAGACUGAAUCAAUGAAACCGUACAACAAUAUCGCUGAAACGUUUGAACUGUUUCUGCAGACGAUUUGCACAAAAAAAAAACAUUGAAUUGCAAUAAUA